AGUUUGAUUCGUUCAGCAAUUGGUAAAGAAUUAUGGCGUGUUACAAUGCCAAUUCACUUUAACGAGCCAUUGUCUCUGAUGCAGAGAAUCUGUGAAGAUUUAGAAUACGCAUACUUACUGAAUCAAGCUGCUGAAUGCAAAGACUCUAUGAGACGUCUAGCGUUGGUUACAGCUUUUGCCGUCUCGCCUUUCUCUACAACGAUUGGAAGGUAUAGUAAACCAUUCAAUCCGCUACUUGGUGAAACGUUUGAGCUUAUCGAUGAUAACUUGGAUUAUUGUUGUUUCUGUGAACAGGUUAGCCAUCAUCCACCAGUCUUAGCUAUGUAUUGUGAAGGAAGAACCUGGAAAUUAUGGCAAGAAUAUAAGUUUGAUUCUAAAUUUCGUGGACAAUUUCUACGCUUAUCGCCUACUGGAGAUGUCCAUGUUAAAUUCAAAGAUAAUCAACACCACUAUUCGUGGAAUAGACCAGAUACUAUUGUACAUAACUUACUUAUAGGAUCUAUGUGGGUUGAUCAGGAUGGAAUUGCUAAAAUUACUAAUUAUCAAACGCAAGAAAUCUCUCUUAUGGUUUAUGAUUCAUGGAAUAAAGCCGGAAGAAGUUACAAGAAUGUAAAAUGUAAAGUUAGAGAUGCAAAAGAUAAGAUUAAAUUUGAAUUAAAUGGAGCGUGGGAUUCCUAUUUAGAUUGCACCUCGGUAUCAGGUAUAUAUUCACAUAUGAAAACUGAACGUCUUUGGACUAUAGGAGAGAGACCGGCGGCAUCUACCAGAAUGUAUGGAUUCACACGUUUUGCGAUGAAACUUAAUCAAUUGCAGGAAGGUGUUUGCCCCACGGAUAGUAGGUGCAGACCUGAUCAAAGGCUAAUGGAAGAGGGAAAGAUACUGGAAGCUUCUAAAGAGAAGCAUAGACUUGAAGAAAAGCAGCGUGCUGUCCGUCGGUAUCGUGCAAAUGAAAAGAUAGAGUACAAGCCCAGGUGGUUCGUUAUGAAGAAAGAUCCAGAUACCAAUGAAUAUUACCACAUGUAUGCUGGAGGAUACUGGAAAGCCAGAUUAGAUGGAAACUUUAUAGAUAUUCCGGAAAUAUUUUAA